CAUUCUUCUAUAUCGACUCUACCUGAGAGACACGCAAAUCAAGACUAUCAAAACUGCACUUACAACGGCUGAAUACUUCAUUCUUCACUUGGCCAACAUGAAGGGAUUCAUACUGAGGCUCGUCUUUUUACUCGUCAUGGCGAUUUCUCCUCUGGUAUCAGCAAUCAGAGUUCCCAAGAAGCUCCGCGACGGCGUCUACGAAAUCAGCACCAGGAAGUUCGUGCGCAGCAAACCCUACUACGUCGCCCACUACGACAUGGAAAUGUACAGCGCCGUCAAUCUCACCGCCAAGGACAACGACGACCGAGGCCCCCUCGUCAGCACCCGCCACCGCUGCUCCAAGGUGGCCGCAGGGCACGACUCCUUCAACGUCACGGCCGCGAGGGCCAUGCUGAGCAACUGGUGCGCCAUGUACAAGCCUCGCGUCCGGAGCGUCGUCGUCGCGGUGCAGGGCGACGAGGUGUGGUACAUGUGCACCUACAAGAGGAAGCACCGCUCUCCUGCGCUGCCCGAGAUACCGCAGUCGUGUGCCCGCGAGGAGAUUGACAUGGUGUCGGACCGGUUUGACCGCUGGUGCGGCCAGGAUAAGAUUGCCGCGGUCGACAUUGACGACUGGACCCUCACGUAUGGAAGGACGCAGAGGGAGGUGUCGUUCUGCAGGAAGCAGAAGUUUCGGGGCACCUGGCUGGAGAGAAAGCUGAGUGGUAUCAAGGGCGGGCCUGGUCCGGAGGAGGAUGGUUCAGAGGAGGAGGAGGAGUAACUAAUAGAAGAGGGAGAGCGGAUAAAAGGGGGGGAAGAGUGGGAAGAGAGGAUGACUGAUGGUGAGAUGGCAAGAUGGUGAGAGGGUUGGAUGAAAUUGAUUUACGAUGGUGCAUAUGUGCGUUGUGCAUAUUUGUACGGUUAGGUGGCUCAUGGACUUUUAUUUUUCUUAAUAAACAACAAAUGAUGAGA